AUGCGGCUGCGACAAUGGCACUUCGUAGAGACUACAGGUUCUGGCCAACCCAUUUUACGUGAAAACGAGAAAGAUAUAUAUAUUGAGCACCCGGUUGGCUGCUAUCAGGGAAAGUCCAAAAUUUUAGGGAAACAAAAGGGACGAGUUUAUCUGACCUCUCAAAGGAUAAUUUACAUUGACGAUGAAGAGCCGACAAAAAACUCAGUCUCACUUGAGCUAGAUGACGUCGCUCACGUAGAGUACUCCUCAAAGUUUCUCAGAAAGUCCGCCAGACUGAGCAUAUUUUUGAAGAAUCUGGACCCCUCAGAAGGGGCUAAAGUCAAUUCAGCCAAAAAAGUGCAACAGACCACAUCUAAAUGGCCUUGUCCUAUUUGUGAUUUCGAAAAUGAGACGAAUGAGACCCUGAGGAUUGAGAACAUGUCACUAUUUUCAUGUGCUAAUUGCGGCAUCACGCCAGAUUUCGAUAUGAUCAAAGACCUAACCGUGCUGAAAGCACCUCAAGAACCUACCUCGCAAGUAAAUGAAGUUGAAUGUUCAGCCUGCACUUUUCUCAAUCACCCUUCCUUGACAAAUUGCGAGAUAUGUGGCACAAGGCUUCCUGUUUACUAUGACAAUGUUGAUGCACCGCAUUUUCUAGAUUGCAGGAUCAAGAUCGAGCUUCAAACCAACGAUGGAUUGAAAGCGGAUGGACCUUUAUAUAUUCAAUUGAGCUUCCGAGAAUCUGAUGGCAUGUUGUUGUCCCAAACUAUUGAAGAGCUCAUAGAAAAUCAACCUCGCGAAGAUACGAAGAACGUUUAUAACAUAGGCGCGACCUCAAUUAACGAGUCCUAUCCGCAUAAGGAAACGCAUAAGGAAACGAAAGCGCUAGAGCUAGAAACGAAGCUUGGUAGGGUAGGUAUCGCUAGCUUAGAAAAGUCGCAAGAGGAUCGUUUGCGAAAUAACGAUAUUAUACUAGGGAGCGCACUAUCGGAUCUGAACAAUCUGAUGGCCCUCGCCUCGGAUAUUGAGCAACUCUACGGUAAAACAGCAAGAGAUGACGUGAAGAAGAAGCCACCCUUGUUUAUUGUCGAUAGAGAAAAGUUUCUCACAAAAGAACUUUUCAUAAAAGAAAUAUCGAGAGAAUUACACGGGUUCAUCAUGACCGAGUUCCAGAAGCAGAUGGAAGUCGAUGGAGUCAUAUUGAUUUCCCUUGUUGAUAUUUAUGCACUGUACAACAAGGCCAUGCGUAUUGGGUCAGGCCUGGUAUCACCUCAGGAAUUAAAAGAGGCCUGCAGUCAAUUUCAAGACUUGGGAUUGAAGAACUUACAUUUGACCAAAAUUAACGGACGAGUUCUGUGCAUCUCGUCUGGUGAUUCAUUUGGUUACAUAAAAAAGAGAAUAAUCGACAUCGUUACUACGAAUCCCGGUGCAGACCUGCUUGGAUUGACACAACGAUUGAAUGAGAAUGACUCGAAUUCUUGGACGGCCGGAAUCAUAAUGGAAGUACUCAGCAAUUGUGUUAGCGAGGGUCAGUUACUCAUCGACGAGCAGAUAACAGGGGUCCAGUACUAUGUCAAUUUUGAUUGGAAAAUAUAA